AAUGUGCUACACUACUGAAAAGAGAGAGGGAACUGAGUAAGUGUGCGAUAGCAACCUUUUUUACCGGUUUAUUUGUUAGUCUCUCCGGCUGUCACUAAUAGUGUGCUUACCACAGAUAUUGAAACCACCACACACCGGUAUACCUUCUGUCUACCGGAAUAACUUCAGCGUGUAUCUAAAUGUCCAACUUCAACUGGAAACCUUUCGUUUUCGGCGGUCUGGCAUCCGUCACUGCAGAAUGCGGUACAUUUCCUAUAGAUUUGACCAAGACGCGGCUGCAAGUUCAAGGCCAAGUGGGCGACAGCAAGUACAGAGAGAUUCGAUACCGGGGAAUGUUGCACGCCAUCGGCAGAAUAUGCAGAGAGGAGGGAAUAAGUGCACUUUAUUCAGGUCUCGCCCCUGCAAUGUUGCGCCAGGCAUCCUAUGGGACCAUAAAGAUUGGCACAUACCAGAGCUUCAAAAGACUACUGGUGGAAAGGCCAGAAGAUGAGACAUUGUUGACCAACGUCCUGUGUGGUGUUCUGUCUGGAGUCAUCUCCUCGUCCAUCGCCAACCCAACGGACGUACUGAAGAUCCGUAUGCAGGCUCAGGGCAGUGUGAUCCAGGGAAGCAUGAUGGGAAACUUCAUCAACAUCUACCAACAGGAAGGAACCAGGGGGCUGUGGAAGGGUGUGUCUCUGACAGCGCAGAGAGCAGCCAUCGUAGUGGGGGUGGAGCUUCCUGCCUAUGACCUCGCAAAGAAACACCUGAUUCUGGAUUGUCACAUGGGUGACAACAUUUACACACACUUCUUGUCCAGUUUUGCGUGUGGUCUGGCGGGGGCUCUGGCCUCUAACCCCAUAGACGUGGUCCGCACACGCAUGAUGAACCAGACAUACGGAGCUGUCACCUACCAGGGAACACUGGACUGCUUACUUCAGACGUCGCGGUCUGAGGGCUUCAUGGCACUCUACAAAGGCUUCUUCCCCAACUGGCUCCGUCUCGGCCCAUGGAACAUCAUCUUCUUUGUUACCUACGAACAGCUGAAGAAGAUGGAGGUCUGAUGGAGAGAAUGAAAUGUAGCGCUGUGGAGAAGAGGAAAGAACUCGGCCAGAGAGGGGAAAGAAUGGACCAAAAGAGGGGUGGAUGUAUCCUGUCUAGCCUCCCACUUCUUGUCUGGGUGGUGUUGACCACGCCCCCUCAGACACAUUUCUCCUUUCUGAUUGGCUGCUUACGUAAUGGAGCUCUGGUUGGUUGGGAAAGAGGAAGUGAAAGUUGCGGUCAAUUGCACCAUCAGAAAGCAAGGUGACGCGAAGACCAUAAUUUUGAAACUGGCCCUAAAUUAUGUAUUUAUUAUUAUGUUUUGAAUCUGUCGAGCCUCAACCACUGGUAUCAUAUAAACACACACGACAUGGACAAAUGUGGGUUGUGAGUUGGGGGUUUGUUACUACGAUGAUAUAUUUCUAUUUAUCAGGACUUUUGCAACCGAGGAAAUUUAUAUGACCGGACCUUCUAAAAUAGUACUUGAGUACCCCUGAUGUACAGGUUCUCAAAUAAUGUUAAAAGCAGUUACUACUUACCUCAGAUUGUAUGGAUUUCAGAUGCCUUGGUGUGCGUUCUCUUGUUGCAAGAGGAACUGCCAAAAGAAGCUGUGGAAAAGACUGCUAACUUUGCCAUUUACUCAAGGACUGGCCACUUUCUGAAACCCUAGAUGUCUGUGCAGCCACUGGAAAGCUUAUAUUUGUUAUGAUGGUUGGCUGUGGGUUUGGAUUUUGUAUGUCAGAGUAUUUUCUAAUUAUAGAACUGGGUUGGUAGGACUUUUAAUGGGGCUAGUUGUAUAACCAGAUUAAGAUCACAGGUCAGGUGACCACUAAUUCUCCCACACACACUUAAUCACACACACACACACAAUGGCACAUAGGUUAUUAAUGCCAGGGUGAAUUGGCUCAGUGUAUUGACUCACUCAGUCAUGUGGGCACCCUUAGAACAAACUUUCUUCAUUUCAGGGUGACCUGGCACAGUGUACGAAUGACCUACACAGAGUUAAUGGGGACGGUGUGUACGGACUAUUCUGGGUUCAUAUUAUUAAUACACUCUGGACAGCCUGAUUGGCACGCCGCCCCGUACGUCAUUUCAGGACCCCUAUCUCUGACACGCCUAGCACCAGUUCUUACUCUGCCACAGCAGCAGACACUCCAUAUUAUAUCCCUGUUCAGGUCGAGGUGUCCAAUCCAACCUAUUUAACCUUUAAUUUACAGGAUAUCUCUUAAACUUCCAGAGACCUGCCUGUAGUCUGACCUGGCCUAUGCAGUAACAGGGAAGUGAAUGUCAAGAGAGGUGGCUGUUGUAUAUUUAGCCAUUGCACCUGACUACCAAUGCAAUUUUAUGUGUGCUGGUGUUGUUGAUUUGCCAUUUUAUGAUCCCAAGACACCGAACAAAUGUACGUGUCAACUAACUGUUAAUCCUCUAUUACCCUUCAUUUCUUCUACUUUGUUCUUCACUAUUAUCAGUUAGAUCAUUUGAAGGUGAACUUGCUAGUUUUUUUUUCUUCUUGAGUUAAGGUUGAACCUCGGAGUGUGUUCAUGUGACAAUAUGGUUAUUGUAUAUGGUUUGUUUAUAGCCCCCAAAACCUUAAUUCCAAUGUGUCACUGUCAUAGCCCCUUAAAUACUUCUGUUAUCCUGAUUUUAAAGCAAGGCAUACAUAAACUUCUGACUGGUCUCAUGUUUUACUUCAACUGGGAGUAAAGCCCAGUCUAUUCACUAGGAUGAAACGAAAGCAAACGGGGCUAAAUGGGGAUGGACAACCUGACGUUAAGAAACGCUUGUUUUUCCAUUCCAAAAAUGCUGGCUUCGGAGUGCGCUAAUGAAAACGACCGUGAACUUGUGAUCUGACCAGGAAUGUAAUGAGCAUAUAGACUCCGUCCCAGUCUAUUGACCAAUCCUGUAUUGACACCUAGUCUCUAGGAACAUGCAAAAUCAUAUGGUGAAAAUUCAGUUUAUGGCUUGAUUCAUUUGCAGAAGUUCAGUUCUAUAGCGGGAUUGAAAUGUGACGGUAAUUUACGAUUUGAACCGACAUGAAGCAUUCACUGAAUGCACUCUCCGUGACCAGGGGAACAUGGCCUUUUUCCAUUUCAAUCGCGCUGAACGUCCAUGAUCAGUAUACAAUCGAGUCCUUGGACUAUCAAGGCAAUAUUGCUUGCUGUCCAAUUCUUUCAUAUCAGCUAUGGAUUUGUCAUACCUGUAAUUUCCUACAUGGAAGUCCCACUAGACAGUUACACAUUCGUCCACAGGGUGCCGCUGUGUACCAUGUCUAUGUAUAAACUCUCUAUUGCAGACAUAUUUUUACACUCAGGACCCAAAAUCUAGCACCACCUUGUUUUAAAAUACACACACACACUAAUUCAUGAAUAAUUCAAAGGCUCUGAUCUAAUUGUUCUUUAUUUCAGUGGAUAAAUACCCUUGUUUUCCUCACCAGUUUUUGAAGAGAUUGCCAUGAACCCUGACUGUAUGAAUGCUUUGGUUAUUUUAUUGACGGAGACAACAUGGGAUGGACUCAUUAGAUGUAUAUAGAUGGCUGUUAUUCUAACUUCUGAAUCUGAGCCAUGAUGGUGUAUUUUUACUGCAAAGCUUCACUUCUUAAAAAAAAUAUUUAAAAAAUGCUGGUGUUUUCAGUAAUUUCACAGUGGAGCAAACUAUCUGACAUGAAGGCAAUAGAACCAAGAACAGUCCAAAUGCGUAACUCAAAGCUUACCAACUACACACACACACACACACACACAGGGCUUCUCCAAAAGCCAAUGGCCAUGGGGGGUUCCAAUCACCAUGGUGCAUUGUGGGUAGCAUUCAUUCCUUUUUUGCUCCUGGGGUACAGGGGUUGGCUUAUUGUGUUGGAGGGAUCUGUAUGUGUUAGAGGAAUUGGGUUCUGGGCUCCAUUCCAAAUUCUCCUUGAUUUGCUCAAUAAUGAAAGGACAAUAAUAUAAUUGCUUGCAAUAAUGUACUUUUUGCAAUCAUGUAAAUUUGGUAAUGGUGAGAGGUAAAAUACUUUGCAUAAAUUGCAGGGUAUAUAACAAAGUAUUGAGAAACUUUUGUUGACCAAAUACUUAUUUUUCCACCAUAAUUUGCAAAUGAAUUCAUUACAAAUCCCACAAUGUGAUUGUUCUGGAUUUUUUUUCCCCUCAUUUUGUC